AUGAAUGAAGGAGUGCCAUACACAGAUCACGGCGUUUCCUCCUCAACCGGGCCAGUUACUCCAGCUAAGGGCACGCCUCCAUCUUCGUCGCACAGUCCCCGAGCUAACCUCCACUCACAGGUCUUCUCCUUCGCCCGGAACAAGAUCACGCAGCUCCCUAACUAUUUUCCCCAAUUCCGAAAUUUGGAAGUGCUCAAACUCGAGCGAAAUCCCGUCGAAUGGCCGCCCAAGGACAUCAUCCACUAUGAUGCGAAGAGCGAGACGGAAGGGGACAUGAAAACCUGGAUCACUGGCAUCCAGGAAUGGAUUGAAUACCACGUCUCUUUUCAAGACGAUUCAGGAUAUGGCGAGACCAUUGAGAUCAAAGGUACCCAGGAGAAACACAAGCCAUGGCAGUUCCCAAAGCGCCAAGCGUCAGUCGACAUUGAUUCCAGCAUCCACUCGAGAUCUUUCUCAGUGGAUUCCAAUGCUUCCAUGAACUCGGAUUCCUUCGUCGACACCCAUGUCGCGUCCACGAACGUGGAAUGGCCUCCUAAGACAGACAGGCCGAUGAUGAACUUCGAUUCCCAUCAUCCAUCCCGUGACGUCUACCUUGGAAGCCCUGCAGACUCGGAUACCUUCGACACCAGAUCGACUUCGUCCAGGCCAGAGCUAUCCGACGCGUGGCACUCCACCCAAUUACAAUCCCAUCUUCGCACUUCGUCAGUGACGGAACCUAGACAACCAGUUCACACACUGGGACCAGCAAAGUCAAGCCUUCCUGAUAUUCAUUCUCCGCGAUGGAGAUUGGAUUCCCAACCCAGCUCACCUGAAAUACCUGCCCCAAUCCUCCAGACCUUGCAGCCAUCCAUUUCCCAAAACUCGGCCAGGUCGAUCGAAACCCGCUCAGAUGCAACUCCCACCAGCAAGACGCCAUCCAUGGCUUUCGAGCGCAACUCCUACUUCCAACGGCUUUCCACCAUGCCUCAAUCCGUCAAACUCCCCCCACCCCUCUUCUGUCUCGUGGAAACGGCUCGCAGUAUUCUCUUUGUCACCAGUCAAAUCUACCAAACCAUUGAGCACUAUGCGAAUCACGCGAUAGAUGAGAAGCAUGCUGCCGUGUUCAGAAAGGUCCUGGAGCCCGCCAACAACGACAUGAUGCAACUCAUUCGUGCGUUGGAUCGCUACGACACCAGUAGUCGGAAGGGGACCCCUUCUGGCCCAAUCUGCCGCACGCUCAUCGAGAGUUGUCGAAACACCAUCGCCGUUACCCACAAAGCCGUUGGACUGUUCGCAAUCCAACUCCGAAUUGCCCCAUGCGAAGAUUUCCGUUACUCUAGGUGGAUUCUUCUGGAACUGUACGCAUCCACGGCGGAGAUUUCGGUGACAUGGCAAAACCUAGUCCCCCACUCGGAUGCCCUCAAAGGCUUCUUAAGUGGGAAGUCCGGGUCGUUACUCUCUAUUCCGGAUCCGAGCACAAGUUCUGCGACUCGCAGUGACAGUCUGUAUCCCAUGGCUCGUUUGCGCACCAACGAUCUCUCCGCGAUUCGCACUCAUAAUGCCCGACGACAUGCCGGAUCCUUCAGUCACAGGGAUGUCGAGAUUGGCAAAGACCUUCCAAACUACGACGAGCCGCCCAUCCUGCCCGGUCGUACCCCUGUGAGCGCUCUCAGAGCCAUGCCCAAGCGCCAAGCAACAGCCCCUCCAUCCAUGUUCAGUCCCGGUGGCUCUUCCUCAAACAUCACGGUACCCCCAGUGCCGCUGUCUAGAUCCACGACGGAAGACACAGCCAAUUCACGACGUGGCCAUCGUCUAGACGAUUCCAUAGAGCCGCAGCAAUCACUUCCUAGGCAGAAGUCCGUCCCAAGACUGAAAUCGUUUGACCUGAAUGCGGAUUCCCGAGUUCGUGUGGAUAGCGGUGUAAUUCAAACAACACUAGAAUCGCUCGAGGCAACGUCUCAACUCUGGGAUACAUUUGAAGAUUCGCAAGCCUCUGCCGAUCUGCAAAUACAGGACAGUCUGACAAGAGUCCGCGAGCUCUCGAAGAAGGUUUCUCUGGCGUUACGAGUUGCGCUGGACAAUGAUUGCUCAGUCGAUCGCUAUUUGUUUGAGGAUACUGUUGCUCUUUCUAAGCUAACAUCGAUAGGCUGUGAACCAACUUUCCCGAAGCAACAAUCGAUCUCGGCCGACUUUGGCCAGGGGACGCUCACAGAUCGCCAGGCUUAA